CCUGCACGUCCAGCGACGCGGAAAGACGCCUCCAUCACUCCAACUAAAAUGAAUAUCCUCGACAUCGCCCGUGAGCUCCGGCUCAAGAUCUUCUCGGAACUCCUCGUUCUUCCUGAACCGAUCGUAUUUCUGGCUGACAAUGGCCCUCCGUCACCGCCACUCUUUCGGUCCAAAGGGGACGAGCUGUGUCUAGCCCUUCUCCGUAUCAACAAGACGGUGUACAGCGAAGCCAGUACGCUACUCUAUUCCGAUAAUCGCUUCCAAUUCCCCGAAGUAUUCACCUCCACACCGUCUCCCACGGAGAGCGCCCACAUCUCCCCGUUCCUUCACCAAAUCGGAUCCCAGGCAAGCCAUAUUCGCCAUAUCUGCAUUCCCUUCCCUCCCUUCGACUACCCCGAGUCUGAGAGAGCUGGGCUUCACCAAGCGCAUAUUAGAAAUCUAGAACUCAUCCGAGAUACCUGUACAAGUAUAAGGACUCUCGAACUGUUGAUUUCACCGGAUUGCGCGAACUACACACUUAGCGAUUCGCCAAUUGCAGCGGAGGCGUUAUGUCUACUCGACACUCACUUCAAGAACAUCCCUUCCCUCAAAGAGGUUGUUAUCAAUUUCGAGGUGUACCCCGAACAGGAUCCAAGCAAUGAUUUGACGAAGAGGAUGCACGACUACGGAUGGACUGUCAAGGUUACAAAACUGCCGGAGAAAAUAUGGAUCUCGCUGGAUGAUCGAGUGGAAUUUGACAAUGAAGAAGACUGCCAGGCGUAUGACAAUGAGCAGCUCCUUAUUGAAGAGCGGGAGAGGCAGCGGGAGGAGGAAGAGGAGUGGUUGGAAGAAUAUUACAGGAGAAGACGCGAUCCCUAUUGGAAGAACGAUUCAGACUACGAUUAAUUGCGAUUGAUAGCAUUCUGUGCCUUCCCUGCUAGUACUAGACGAGCUUUAAAAUUCAG